UUCGUUUCAUUCCGGAAGGAAAUUAUCUGCACUUCGACAGAAAAAAGUUGGUUGUGUGGAUUGAGUACAUAAAUUGUGUAGAAUAGCGAACCAUAAAAUGUGUUUAUGUUGUUCCUUAAAAGAAUAAGAAUUAUAAUUGCACGUUUUCUGCUUCAUAUAUAGCUAGCUUAUUAUAAUGAUGGAUGUACGGUAUGCUGGUAGUAACCUCUACUCUGUUUUAGCAUACCCCCUCUCGGGCUAACGUAGUUAGACAGCAUUUCAUGAGUAGAUAGAAGCUGAUUGAGUUCAUAGUUUCCAUGAACUAUAACGUUAGCGAAAUAGCUAUACAUACAUUAACAACAGCGCAAUUGACCAGUGAUAGAAAUGUUUUCAAGUGAACAGACUCAAGAUGACUGUGAGUCCGUAUAUAUUCGCGAAAACGGUGUACUUCGUCGCGUAAAUGAACCUAAACGUGCGGAGGAAGUCUCGCAGUACAGAAAUGCAAAGCCUUGUCGACUGUUCGGUAGAGGAUUUUCUGUGGAACUGUGUAUCGAGAAUCAAGCUCAAGCCAGCACCCACACAAAGAGAAAAGAGCACUUCGUCUUCACGUACAACGAAGGCGGAAGCCUUCGUUAUUCGGUCAAGUCUCUUUUUGACAUUUCCUUAUUAUUUAUAGCUGAAAACGUUCACUACGUUGAUUCGCUAAUUGGUUUCCCUGAACAAAUGGCAGAACGACUGUUUAGAGCUGCGGAGGCAAAACAAAAAUUUUCAGACCCAGUGUAUGGACCCAGGGCUUUGCAGGUAUUUAGUGAAGCCUACGGUGACCUUGUGUUGAAGUCACUGUGUUUAAGGAACAGGCAUAUCCUUGUAUCAGAAAAGCUGGAGGGGAUUAAAGUGUUUCAUAGCCUACAGUGUCUAGACCUUUUUGGUUGUAAACUCGGAGACAACCAUGAGAUUCUGCAACAUCUAACUUCUGAUGCUUUGUCCAGUCUUAUCCACUUGUCCCUGGGGGAUAACCACCUGUCCAACAGAGGCCUUCAGAAGCUGACAGCUCCAGCUCGCGUGAUGAAGAGAGGGCUUGGCAAACUUCAGCUGUUAGACUUGUCCUGGAAUGCCAUCAGCGAGCAGACAGUUGGAUAUCUUUCAUGCUUUCCAAAUCUGCAAGAGCUGGAUAUCUCAGAAACCAAUAUGGAGCUCACCGCUUCACUGCGCCAGACCCUGCAGAAUAAGCUGGGCUUCGUCUAUUCUGAGGCUCCGCUCCAGGGCUUCAGCCAUUCACACUGUAAAACACAGGGCUGGGCUGAACAGAUUGUCAACCAGUGGGAAAUUCACAUUUUGGAAUCAUCCAAGCCAAAGAGAGAUGCCCAGCCAAGAACAGAAGCACUUCGGUUUUAUGGUAGACACAGGUUUAUCCAAGAAACACUGAAAGCGCCCCCACAGGCGUUUGACAAAGGGUACACCAAGAGGAUUCAGUUUUACAAACCAACUCCAAACAGCCAAAUGCAGCCAACAGGAAGUACGAGCGAGCUAACGAAGACACCGUCUCAGAGCAAAAGGAAGAGAGCGCCGGACUCUGCAGUGGAGGGCAGCGGUGAUUCGGCCCCCCCUGAAAAGCGUGCUUCUUCCUCUUCUCUUAGCGUGGAGGACUGGGCCCUGCUGAACAGCUACUGAGGACAGUGCCCAGCCUGCACUGAGGCUGUAGCUGCUGCUUUGAAUUGGCAUCAACUUGAAUAUUUUACUGUGAUAAUGAUGCACUGUUAACCUGCUGUGAUCCAAGAACUUUAUAUGCUUUUUU